AGGAUUGUGGAGGGAAGGAAACGCCAUGUGUGUACCCUCGGCCCCUCCUGGGGUGAUGGGGGUGUCGGCUCCGGAGGUUCCUCGGGUCCGUGUGUGUCUGGGCAAAGGGGGACACGGAGGGUUCCUGUCCCCAUUGUACAGGGGACACGAGCGUAUCUCAGCUCUGGAGUGAAGUUGGGAGGAAAAGGCACCGACGUGUGUGCGGGCAUAUAGGGACUUUUUAGUUCUGGUACGUCGAAGGUGAUAUGAUGUCUCUGUAACUCUCAGGCUUUUUCUUUAUGUGUUCUUUCUAUGAAGAGCAAAUUAUCUCGUUCACCUUCUGAACGGUUAAUUGUCCCAACUUUCUUCGCCUUUUUUUUUUUGUUGGAAACAGUUCAUUCUUUUGUACCUCCUUUCCUUAGGCUUCGCGUUUGUCUGCAAAGUUUGUUUUCCCGCUGAGACCUGAAUAUCCAGGCGUUGCUCGACCAUAAACCGGAAUGGGGUGAACACAUUCAAUUUUUUUAUUCCGUUAGGUUGAGGUCUUGGGAUUAGAUCUUUUAUCUUUGUUUUGUGAUUUGAGAGCUUGUUCUGUUUGGGGAAUUAAACUUAGGGGCUCCUAUCUUUAAUUCUGAGUGAGGAGUUGGGUCACUAGGUUUUUUUGGGCAGCUCCUUUUGAUUAUCAGGGUUGUUUUGCUUUUUUAGAGAAGGAGAAGGGAUUUUGGUUCCUUCUGUUUGUUGUUUUUCUUUACAAGUAAGAAGCUUACAUAUGAUGGGAAAGGAAGAAUAUAUUUUCUCCUUCUUAGGCUCUGAUUUUCGCCUUACGUAAAUCAAUUUCUUGUCUUACAUAAUUAAUCAAACCAUCUAAACCCUGCCAGAAAACUGUUCAAGCUCUAAAAGCAACUGUUGUUUUGCUGUUUCUGAGAAUGGCUUUCUAAAAUUAUGUACUCUGUUCGUUCUGAAAUUGAAUUAAGUGUUAUGAACUGGAGAAGUUCUUGAGCCUUGUCUGUAUUUGCCACUGAUAAUGUUAUUGUUGGGCUCUGGCUGCAUUUUCUUAACUGUCCUUGAUGACUGACUUACACAAAGUGGUUGUUUAAUUCUGAAUCUUUCUACUCUAAAACUGAUUGAGAAGAAUUCAUAUCAUGUAAUGUUAUCUUAAAGAAUAUUUUCUUUUGGUGCUCCCAGUUCUGGUUUAAAGAAAAUAAAUUCAGUCUCUUCAGGUUUUGUUUGUUUGUUUUUUUAGCAGUGGCAAUGAUUAGAAUUAACUUAUUUCUAGAGCUGUAUGUUUUGAAAAGACACACUAAGUAUAGUAAAAAGAAGGUGGAUGAAUGUGGGUGGGGAAUUACUUUGCUAUGGGUUAAUGGCAACCUGAGUUGCCAUUUGGGGCUGGAGGAUGAGGACUUCAUAUUUGGUUAGCAAAUGAGAGUUUGCUCUGAGCCACUCUUCCUUUUGGGGUCCACUGAAUGUGAAGUAAGCAGUCUCUGUCACAGUUUCUUUUCAAAAAUGACUUUUUGAAGAGGGGACCUGUGGUAUGCUAUUCCUUGCUGAAGCUACAGAUAUUUGUAGAGAAAAUAUGUUCUUUAUUAAAUCAAUUUCUAGACUGCUGACCUGCUGUAACUGAAAGGAAUUUUUCUUUGAGUUUGGGGAUGCUGGUUACAAAUAUUAAGAUUUUGGUCUUUUAAUGCCUUGAAAAAAGAUACCCUUUUCUCUGUGUAUUUCUCUCCCAUCCCUUUUCUGUCUGCUUGUGAAAACAAAGUAGUUUUUUUUUUUGGUUGGUUUUUUUUGUUUGUUUUUUUUUUUUCUGCAGUUUGCUACCAUACAUUUAUAUGUCCUCCCUCCCCCUUAUCUGUAUUGUUUAGUUUACUUUAUGACAUGAAGCUUUUUAAAAUGAUCAGCUAAAAUAAGAGUCAGCAGUUAAAAAUACAGAAAUUCCAUAUAUUGGUGAUCUGCAGAGCAUGAGCUGUGCACUCAUUUUCAGUGGUUGUACUGCCUGGUGCAGCUGCCAGUGGUGGUCUGUUCCUUUGGAAGGAGUCCUUAUGGAAACUGUUAAUGGAAUUUGGUGGAGCCUUGGAGAAUAAAAUCUGUUACUUCAGGACAGUUUAAUGAAGGAUGACAAUAGGAAACUGACUUAUGUUGCCAUGUAACAUAGUAUGCUGAGCCUUUUUGUGUGUGGCUGUUUUGUUCCCUAAGGCCCAUUUGGCAGUUUGUAACCUACAAGCUCAUCUAACUCAUCCUUUUGCCUUUGCUCCCUUCUGACUUUUCAAAUAUCUGAUAGCUCCGUGGUUUUGUUCCUUUGUUAUUUGUUUCUUUUUUUCCCAGCCCCUGUUAUAAAGGGCAUUUUGUAAUGUCAGCUGGCAGGGAAGUAGAUGGGAAUUGGACCUGUGUUCCUCUGCUUCUGUCUUGCUUUUUGUGGCUGAUAGGCAGGUAUUGUAGCCCACUGUAACUGAGCUAUGGUUACCUGUAAGCAAAAAGAGAGAAAAAACCCUUACAACAGUGUUGGAAUAGUCGAAAACACACCUUUCUUUGGAAGCUUCCAGAUGAGUGGUUGUGAUGGGCACACCUGGCACUGGAUUUCUAUUAUAACAUUAAUUAAUUAGAGUAUCCAACAGGAGAUUCAGUUGCCCCAGUAACCCACCCAUGGGUCAGCCCUUAGAGUUGAUCCAAGGGUUCCCUGCCCACUUUUUAUUGUCUUGUUGUUGGUCCCCUACUUAAAAUAAGACAGUACUCCAUGAAUGUGUUUAGAAGGUCAGCUUAUCAGAACACCUAAAAUCUAAGGGAAAGGGUAGGAAAAGUAGUAGAAUUAAUUAAGGAGCUAUAUAACUAUAUAAUAGUAGUCCACAAGCUGCAGAUAUGUGAAAAAUUUAUGAAAAGCAAAAAUCUUUUUGGCAUCACUACCAGACUGUUAUCUUACCCUAGGGAUGUGGCAAGUUUAUGGCUAGAAAUGGAAAAAGCUCAUUUGAACCCAUCUUGGUCUAAUAUUUUCCUGACCCAGUGUGUGCACUGAGGAGCAGACAAUCCUGGCAGUGAUUUGCUGUUCAUCAUUCAGCUAUUCAUCAUUUCACAGCCAGCAAGAAAGGGAAGACAACAGGAGUAUAAUUAUUAUUCAUGCUUGAAUAGAGUAACAGGGCAUCUUUCCUGCAAAGAGCACAGGUGUGUCAGUGAACUACUAAAGCUGGGCAGGUAAAGGUUAAGUUCUUAUAUUUUGACAUUGGUGGUGUUAAAAUACUUCAGCAUAGGAGCAGGAUGUGUAUCAGGGAUCUGGAAAUGGCAUUCACGAUGAUGUCCUAGCCCUGUCAAAAAUAAGUCUUUCAUGUUGAAUGCAAGGGAAGGUUUUGCUCUCAAAUUUUAGAAUUCUGAUUUCAGUAUUCCAUUUCUAUAUGAAUUACUUGUUCUUUUCAAGAGUUUUUAGAAGACUGUUUAAGAUGAAAAAAUUAGAUGACUUAGGCAUUUAGUUUCCAGGAGUUACUGAACUCAUGCUGUGACUUUUGAUUAUUUUGUUCAGAGUUAAGACACUAAUGAUUUGCUAUGAAGAAUUUAAUAAUUUGUCAUUCCCUUUUUUUUUUUUUCUUUUCUAAUCUAAAGAUGAGAAUUUUUUAGACAAAUAUAUUUCUAGGGGUAUUCACUGUAUAUUUCAGAACCUGUUGAAAGAUGAAGGAAUUGUUCAUUGCUGAGGUCACUGUAUGACCAUCUUAUAGGAUAGAAUGGAUUUAAAUAUAUAGAAUUGCUUGUCUUACUGGUGAAUGAGCCAUUUUGCAAUCUGAGAAUUAAUGUGUUGGUAUCAGAGAAAAUGAGAUUAUUUUAGAGUUCUUACUAGUUUUUCUUUUUUUCAUUUUAUAAUGCAUGUCAAACUCAGCAUGUUGGAUGUGUCACAAUUUUGAGUAGGUUUUAAAAACCCCACACACAAUUUUAAAAAAAAUCGAAAAAUGUGAAAAUGAAAAUUCAAAAUAUUAUUUCUUCUGCUGCCCCAGUAAAACUUGGUUUGUUGCCAUCUUAGAGUUUCCUCUGUUAUAUACUACACUUUCUUCCAGCUUCCAGGUAGGUAACUUCUGUAUGUUGCUGAUUUUUAAUUGAUCUCAUUUUAACUUCUGAUGCCCAGCUUUGUGCCUUGUCCCAGUUGUUUGGAUAAUGCUGUUGGUUUGUUCUGCCUGCGCUGGCAUAGAGAUACAUGAGAGAAUUAACCCUUGGUUUCUCUAAGUCCCUCAUGACAACCCAGACCUUCUGCCCUGUUGCCUUCAAUGUUACACAGCAACAUGGGAGAUCUUAGAGUGUCUUUCCAAAUUAAGAUUUCUUGGGAAGACUUCCUCUGCUAACUGGGAAUACUUUGAACAGAGCAGAUUGAGCCAGCUGGCUGCCUGGGGCACAGUGACGUUGCUUCAUUUCUAGCUUGUAGGAAGAUUUGAGCCUGGUUUGGGCUGGUGUGGAGGGACUUGGAGAAACCAAAAUAAGCAGGUAAGAAAUGAUCCUUCUUUUCCUCAAAUGCUCUUGGUCUUGCACAGAUGACAAAAGCAUAAUUGAAGAAGCUGCCAUAGACAUGGUAGAAAGAACCAACUGAUGUGAAAAAUAAACCUUUAACAAACACUUCCCAUCCCUUGUAAAAUAUCCUAGAAGAAUUGAAUACUUUUUCCAGGUUAAAUUCCCUAAAACAUUGGCUUCUAAAUACCUUCCAAAAUUUAUUUGAACUUUAAUGCUAUGUAUCUGAACCUGUUUUCCUCAGACUUCAUGAAUAAAUAGUUCCGUAAUAGUGCAAAAUACAGGAUCAAAUGUCUAAUAUCUGGGUAUCUAGAUAGUAAUUUUCUGUGAUAUUUUAAUGAAUUGAGAUUUUAGAAAUAGCUGAUAACUUUAGUUUUGAAAAGCCAUGACCAUGGCUUUAAAAUCUUUAAAUUCUUGUUGUUUUUGUAGAUUGUCUUAAACUGUAAGCCAAUUAUCCUUUCUGCUGUGUGGGUUGAAAGAAAAGGAGACCAGCUUGUCCACUGAAGAUGCACUCUUAGUCUUCAGCUAUUUAAGCUGAAUGCAUUGUGAUUUCCAAUAAUUGAGACAGUGAUUCUGAAAGCUGUCUACAUUAAUGAAAAGAACAAUGUAGUCAGCUUAACUGAAUCAUCAAUGUUGCAUAUUGAAUAGAACAUGAUAAACCAAUCCUGAUGGACCUAUGCAUGUUAGGAAUAUAGAGAUAAACAUUUAUUAAAGCAUUGUGUUUUUUUAAAGAACAGUAGUUUUAAAAAUGGAGAACUAUGAAAAUGUACCACCCCUCCCUAAAGAACCUGCAAGAGAAAUGAAUGUGGAGAAUCACACUUGUCGGCCACCUCUGCCGCCCAACGAACAGCCUCCACCACCUCCCCUGCAAACGUCCAGUGACGCAGAGGUAAUGGACGUUGGCUCUGGUGGUGAUGGACAGUCAGAUACCCCUGCUGGGGACACGCACAGUCUCUGCAGAACACAGCUGCUCACAAAGGGAUCUGCCUGCUACAAAAGUCGUCUUAUCAUAGACCCCAACAGUAGUGACCAAAGCCCGAGAACUGCUCGUCACGCACCGUCAGUUCGAAAGUUCACCCCAGAUCUUAAGUUACUGAAGGAUGUGAAGAUUAGUGUUAGCUUUACAGAAAGCUGCAAAAGCAAAGAUAGGAAAGUUCUGUACACUGGAGUUGAGCAGGAUUAUAAGGCAGAUACAGAGUUUGGUAUUAAUAAUGUCAAUGGGGAUUUGCAUGUUUGUCCUUUUGGUGGUAGUAAUGGUAAAGCUGUAGGGAUAGGGGGUGAAAGUGAUGACAAGAAGGAUGAUGAAAAUGAUAUUGAUCAGGAAAAGAGAGUGGAAUUUGCAGUUCUGGAUGAGCUAGAAGACUUUACCGACAAUUUGAUGGAAAUAGAUGAAGAAGGAGGAGGGUUCACAUCUAAAGCAAUCGUUCAAAGAGAUAAAGUGGAUGAAGAAACCUUGAAUUUCUCAUAUGAGGAUGACUUUGAUAAUGAUGUGGAUGCUCUGCUGGAAGAGGGUCUUCGAGCACCCAAAACAAGGAGACUAGAUAAUGAGAAAUAUGGUGGUGAAAGUGAUCACCAGUCUGAUGGAGAGACAAGCGUGCAGCCAAUGAUGACCAAAAUUAAAACUGUACUGAAGAGUCGUGGCCGCCCUCCUACAGAACCUUUGCCAGAUGGAUGGAUCAUGACAUUCCAUAACUCGGGCAUUCCUGUAUAUCUGCACAGAGAAUCUAGAGUUGUUACCUGGUCUAGACCUUAUUUUUUGGGAACAGGAAGCAUAAGGAAACAUGAUCCUCCCCUUAGUAGCAUUCCCUGCUUUCAUUACAAAAAAAUGAAGGAAAAUGAGGAAAGGGAGCAAAACAAUGACAUAACCCCAAAUGGGGAAGUAUCACCUGUAAAGCAUCUAGAUAAAUCCUCUGAACUGGACUGCCAGACAGAAGAACCAGAUUCCACUGCUGCUGAUUCUGGACCUUUAGAUGACAAAGACCCCUCUGGGGGAGAUGCAGCACAAGGAGCUUUGGGACAAGUUAAGGCCAAAGUUGAAGUAUGUAAAGAUGAAUCUGUAGAUCUGGAAGAUUUUAGGCGCUACCUUGAAAAGCGUUUUGACUUCGAGCAAGUGACUGUAAAAAAAUUCCGGACCUGGGCCGAGCGCCGCCAGUUCAACCGGGAGAUGAAGCGCAAGCAGGCAGAGUCCGAGCGGCCCAUCCUGCCUGCCAACCAGAAACUCAUCACCCUGUCUGUGCAGGAUGCACCCAUAAAGAAAGAGUUUGUCAUUAAUCCCAAUGGGAAGUCUGAAGUUUGCAUCUUGCAUGAAUAUAUGCAGCGAGUCCUAAAGGUUCGCCCUGUUUACAAUUUCUUUGAAUGUGAGAACCCAAGUGAACCUUUUGGAGCCUCAGUGAUUAUAGAUGGAGUAACUUAUGGGGCAGGAACUGCCAGCAGCAAAAAACUUGCCAAGAAUAAAGCUGCUCGAGCUACACUGGAAAUCCUUAUUCCUGACUUUGUUAAACAGACCUCUGAGGAGAAGCCCAAAGACAGUCAAGAACUUGAGUAUUUUAACCAUAUCAGUAUUGAGGACUCACGGGUAUAUGAACUCACCAGUAAAGCUGGACUCUUAUCUCCAUAUCAGAUUCUCCAUGAGUGCCUUAAAAGAAACCACGGAAUGGGUGAUACAUCUAUAAAGUUUGAAGUGAUUCCUGGGAAAAAUCAGAAGAGUGAAUAUGUCAUGACUUGUGGCAAGCACACAGUGCGAGGCUGGUGCAAAAAUAAAAGAGUGGGGAAGCAACUGGCUUCUCAGAAAAUCCUUCAGCUACUGCAUCCACAUGUGAAAAAUUGGGGCUCUCUCUUGCGAAUGUAUGGCAGAGAGAAUAGCAAGCUGGUUAAACAGGAAACCUCCGAUAGAAGUGUGAUAGAACUUCAGCAGUAUGCCAAAAAGAACAAGCCAAAUCUGCACAUCCUGAACAAGCUACAGGAAGAAAUGAAAAAACUGGCACAGGAGAGAGAGGAAACCCGAAAGAAACCCAAGAUGACAGUAGUGGAAUCAGCUCAACCUGGUAGUGAACCUCUCUGUACUGUUGAUGUUUAAUGAGAAAACAUGCAAGUGGGAGCAAUAACACAAAUGGAGGAACUAGAUUUUCAACAAUUAUUUAAAAAUUGUUUGCUGCAGAAUGCAAGAUAACUUUUAAAAUCCAAGCUGCUUCAGUUAUGCAUUGUUCUUUUUGCAUCAUCAGGGCAAUAUUACUUUUUCCUGGUUUCUUUUUCUUUGGGUUUUUUUUUCUUGUUUAUUACCUCUGAGAUAUGUGUGUUUAAUGAAUUGAUCAUAAAGAUCUCUACUGGGGCAAAUGCACAGAGGACAGGCAUGUUCACACAGGAUAAAACCAAUCAAGCACUUUCUCCUGGAAUGCCAUCCAUGUUGUUUGAAAUGGAUGUAUUUUAAGUAUGAAAUACAGAAUAUCUCUGUACAGGUUGAGCUGAUAUUAGAUAUAUAUAUAUACACGUUCAUAUAUAUGUAUAUAUAAAAGAAAUAUAUGUACAUCUUCUUGUAUGAACAUGCCUGAAACUAUUUUUGUGAAAAGUUUUGUUGCAUUUCAGCACAUAAUAAUAUGCACUGAUAAGACACUUUGGUGACAAAUACAGGAAAGUGAUGAGCAAUGUUUCUAAUGCCAUAGGAUUAGGCCAGUAACGCCAUUUCUUUUUGUUUUGUUUCUUGUCUCCUGCCAGGCUUAGUUAUUUGAGAUUAGAGGAUGCAGGUUUUGUUACUACUUGAACAAGAAUACCUGGUAGUGUUAAGAGUAACAGGUUGGAAAUUCAAAAUUACUGGUGUUUAUUUUAAGUGAAAAGAGCCUGUGUUUGUUUACAGAUCAGUUGAACAGGGAAAAUAUGGCCCCACUUAUGAUAAAAAUAAAAACUGUAAUUUUAAAGGCUGUUUCAAAGCUUGGAGCCAAAAUGCAGCUAAUGAUGGUUGAUAGUCUGAAAGUAUUUUGCCAAUGACUUUCCACUCCCUUUUCCCAGCAAUAAAACAAUUUCUCAUUUGUUUGGUGUCAGAUUGCAUCUGACUUGAUCAGCUAAGUCUUAAUUUGUACCAUAAAAGUAUAGACUUCAGAAAAAAAAUCAACACAGACCUUAAGUCUGACUGCAGCAAUUUAGGGGUUUUUUAAGUAGUUUUUGUUUUUACUUUUUUAAUUGCAUUUUUAGUUUUUAAAGAAAGUGUGUAAUUUCUGGAAUGAAAAUUAGAAUGUAGAUUUGGAAUAUGACAUAGAGUAAUAGGUAGAAUGAGACCAUAACCGGUUAUACUCAAAAAAGAAAAUGACAAAUAUGCAACUACUCUAAAAUACAAUCCUGGCAAACAGGCAGUACUCACUGUGUCAUCUGAGGCUUUAUUAAGCCAAGCACAGAAGAAAUAGUGUGGCUGUGUGAAAGCUCUGCUUCAUGGUUUCAUUCUUCACACGGGGUUCACUGCAGGACUGCAGGAACUCUUCUCUUGCAACCAUUUUUUGGUUUGGUCUUGAACAAGAGAGCGAAAGCCAAGCUGGUGGCAGAGCUGCAGUGAUUUAUCCAGGAGCUGCACUGCUCCAAUUUUACACUCCUCCUGCUCCUGUUGGGAAUGAAAGGUCAGUUCUCUGUACCUGCUGCAGCUCCUGGUACUUAUAUUAACAGGUAUCUGGGGACUUGAGGGUUUGGGUUUGUUUUUGGGUUUUUUUUCUUUUUUUUUUUCUUUUUUGGUUUUAUUCUGAUUUUUGUGUGGCUUUGUUUUUUAAUUUACCAUGUUACAUAGAGAGUGCUGCAGUAUAUUGAAUUUAGUGCCUACUGGAUUUUAAAAAUGUUGGCAUCAGUAUUGUAAGACCUCCUUUUAACAUGACGUUACUUUGGAAAUAUGUGGGUUUUAAUUUGUAUUUCAAACUCAUGUUCUCUAAUGUGUUGCAUAUAAUGUUUGAGGUUAAACAGGAGUAGUCAUGGAGUCUUAACCUGUUUCUGUGUUUAAAUGAUGCGCUUGGAGGUCUCUGCAAAUAUGAAUCCACCCAUUUUUUUAUUAUAUUUAGCUUUUUAGUUCCAUGAGUUGUAAUCCUGUUACAACAGGAUACGGGUAGUUGGAAGACAAUACAUAAACUAUUAUUUAAAGAAGUGGCCUGUCUAAAAAAAAAAAAAAAAAAUACAAAAAACACUGCCUCUGCUUUUUUUUGUAUAGCUUUAAUAAAUCUCCAUCUUUUGAAGGGUAUAUGAUAUUGGUGCAGUAGUGACAAGCAGUGAUUGCUGUUUGUCUCUUUUCAUUGUUUCUAUUGGGACUUUUCUGUUUUCAUAAAGACAGGGCUUUUAUCUUCUAUGCCUAAAUGUAUUACUCUUAGGUUUUAUUUUAGCUUGUGUUUUCAGCAGAAAAAUCUGUACUUGGAUGGCACUGUAAAAGACAAAUCACCCUUGUAGAUCUUUUUAUUUUUCUGAAAUCAGAAUGUCAAUGUAUUUGCAGGUCACCUGCAGAAUACCCAUAGAUGCCUCACUUACCAAUUUGUUUUCAUUAAUUUUAAGAGGAUUGCUGUAUUACCUCAGUCUGCCACUAUCAGAAUCAGAAGGUGACCAUUGCCCUUAAUUAAAACAUCGAGAUUUCAUUGUGAACCAAAGCCUAGAACGUAUAUUAUGCAUUCUAAACAAACAUAAAAAGAUGGUAUUAGACCUUGCUGCAGCCUUUAACUGGAGAGAUGUCCAGAAAAUAGCGCAAUAACUGCUGGAACAAACAACAUAACUGCUGUUUAUGUCAUUGUGAAGUAUUCUUGUGUUUUAAUGUUUACUAUUGUUUGGAGUGUAACAGUCUUGCAUUUGCACAUAAGCACGAGCUGCUGUGAUAGAGGAUAGAUCAUUGCAUUAACUUCAGCUUCUGCAUGAACACUUACAAUGUGGUACAAGAUGUAUCCUAAACUUGUCUUGUAACUCUUGUGUGUUUUCUAGGUAAUCGGCUGUAAAGGUUUAGAUCUGAUUGUAUGAAUGCAUAAAACCGCUGCUUUUGUCACUGAUACUUGUUAUUUAUCCCUUCUAUAUCCAGGGGAAGAUGGGUAUUUUUGUAGGGAUGGAGUGUAUUUUUAAGAACUGUUCCAUCCUUUGGGGAUUAGACAGUUUUUGCUUUGCAUAUUAUGUGCUUCUCAACAAAAGUGUGGUAUCUUGACUUUAAGGAUUAAAUUUGUGUGCAUUCAAAUCUUCAUGGUACUGAGAGAAAAUUUACUGUGACUUCCAGUGACUAGUCAAAUGCUACCUACUGAAACACCAGUCAUCAGCUUUUUUUAACAUAUUUAUUAGACAAAACUGAAUUACUUGGGUACUCAAAACUUUGGAAAGAUUAUUAUGCAUAAACUUAACUGUUGUAUGGAAACUUCCAUUCUCCUGUGAUGCUGUUAGGCUUUAUACAAAUAUAUUUGUAACAUCCAAGUAUUUAAAAGCAUCAUGAUUAUCUUACUAACUCACUAAACUGUGCUUUGGUUCUGGAGUGAAAUUGAGGAAGUGAUAGCCUCCUAGCUUUCCAUGGGAAGAAGUGUGAAGUGCAAGAAGCCAUGCUGUUAUUAACCAAAUAAAAUUAUCAGUGACAGUAUUUCAAUGUGUAUCUGAGAACACGGGAAAACAAAACAAGGUUCAUCCUUAUUGCCCCAGCAGGUAACAAUGGUUGCUGUUUGAGUUGUGUUGGGUGCAGUUGCUUGGUGCCAGUACUGAAUUGGUACAACUAUAAAGCCUCAUUUUCACUGAGCCUCUGCUUGCUUUUUUUUUUCUGCACAAUCAUGUAAUCCUCUGUGUUCAGUCUUUGAGUACUACAUGUGUAUUUUUCAGACAAUUAGUUUUGAGCAAUAAAGUUUGAUAUUAUAAAAUG